UCAGAUGUAUCAUGGCUGUCCUUGGCAUCCCAAACGACCUCCUCAGCACCAUUGAGUACAAUCUGUGUGCAGCAUUUCUGAAAUCCAAUCUGGGUUGUUGCCGCUGGUAGGCGUCUUACGAAUCCUUUACCCGUGUCACAACUUUGCAGAGACAAGAGCCUUCUUGUGGUGUUAUGGCGGCAUCGUAGCUUGCCGAUUGGUCUCUGCUACCCCACAGAACCCGUGUCUCGAAAAACCAGAAAGCAUGCUGCUACCCUUUGCGCAGUAGAUGGACAAAUUGCUCCUGCAUUUUGUCUUCUAAUUGUUUGUGUGCUCAUUUUCUAGUGUAUGUUUAACCGGUGGGAUUGAAUAACUAAUUAGCUUAUACCUGAAACACAUAUUGCAGAGCUAGAAUGUGUUGGCUGCAGAACUUGAUAAUGACAGUAUUGUUGUCAUUUGCAGGAGUCUGACGUUGCAGUGCCAGGGGCCUCUAUUAUGCUGCAACCUGCAAAUCCACCAUCGCAGGCCGUGCGCAAUCAAGAGUCUGACGUUGCAGUGCCAGGGGCCUCUAUUAUGCUGCAACCUGCAAAUCCACCAUCGCAGGCCGUGCGCAAUCAAGAGUCUGACGUUGCAGUGCCAGGGGCCUCUAUUAUGCUGCAACCUGCAAAUCCACCAUCGCAGGCCGUGUGCAAUCAAGAGUCCGACAUUGCACUGCCGGCAGUUUUUGCUGAGGUUAAUGGCAAGGUACACCUAGGAAAUGGUGUGUUCGUUGACAAGGAGAGGUGGGACCUACUCCAGGGCCGUGGCCGGGACUCCCUGUUCUGCAAUGAACUGGCGAAACUGGUGUGGGGAGUCCCGGCACUCAGGGGUAGGAGCGUCACUGGGGCUCUUUGUCGCCGCUUUCUUAAGGACACCAAUGCUGUGGAAAAGCCGGCUUUAAGCCCCCAUAAAUUGCAAGCUGUAGGCAACGCAUUCGAUGCAUACCUUAGAAGAUGUGCCCCUGAGGAAGAGAAGAAGUUGCGGCGCUCCAAAAUGAAUAGAUACCUGGCAGACAUGCUGAGGGAUCUAAAAUAAGCAUGCAAUAGUGUACACAUACAGGGUGUUUCAGCGAACACUUUCAAAAAAAUCACAGCAUAUCCACGGGGUGAAUGAUGAUGAGUGGGCGAAGCUCCGGAGGGAAUCAUCGGAUCUCCCGCUUAAGGGGAUGCUAGCACAAACGCGUUAGAAAUGUGCAGUACUCUCUAGUAAGGUGGAGCGGCCACAGCGUCUUACGCAGCCAUUUACACAUGCCGGAACGUGCACCGCGUUUGCCGACGCCAUCACAUGACUGCUGAGAUAGUAUACCCCCCGUAUUCAUAAACGCUCCUCGACUUGAACUUGACUUGCCACCGCUUUGGGCAGCGCGUUCGAAACGCGUUGAAGGUAAGGCGGAGAGGCCACAGCGUCUUACACCAGCUUCUUACACGGGCCGUAACGCGCUAGCACAAACGCGUUAGAAACGCGCUAGAAACGCGGCCUUUCGUUAAUGUUGGGUAUUUAUUGCCAUCGUGGUGCGUGUGUCCAUGUCCGCUUCGUGGCGUAGUGGGCUAACGCCGCGCGCUCGGAAGCGAGGGGUCCCUGGUUCGAUUACGUGCUACGGACACAAGUUUCGGAAUUUUUUUUUCUCAUUUUUCUCAGACUGGUUACACACUACUACAACGACGAGGACGAACGGGUGCCGCUAUAAGGAGCUUCGCCCCUAAAAAUUCUGAAAGGUUGCCUGUGGCAGAUAGCACAAUUGUAGCUCAUGAGCUGGUCUACUCGAUGAGGCGAACAUUACUUGCACAAGAAAUCUUAAGGCAUAAUCAAAUAAUUAACAGAAAUUCAGUGAUUAAGUUUAACUAAUUACCUGAUGGCCCAUAUUGCAAUUCACAAAUUGUAGCCGUGGAGUUCGCAAGGCGGAUACACUUGGAACGAAUUCCCGGGAUGACGCCAGUUUCGAGAUAUUAAUUCCCGAACAUUGCGGAGAAAUGCAUUGGCGUUCCAGUUGGGUUCUUAACAAAACAUCGCUUUAUGCAUUGAAGCACAAAAUUAACUGGAACGACAAUGCAUUUCUCCGCAAAGUUCGGGAAUUAUCUCGAUACUGGUGUCAUCCUGAGAAUUAAUUCUAAGUGGAUCCGCCUUGCGAACUCCACAGCUACAAUUCGUAAAUUGCAAUAUGGGCCAUAAGGUAAUUAGUUAAAAACUUAAUUAGUGAAUUUUUGUUAAUUAGUCGAUAAUGCAUUUCAAUUUUUUGUGCAAGUAAUGUCCGCCUCUUCGAGUAGACCAGCUCAUUAACUAGAAUUGGGCUGUCCGCCACAGGCAACCUUAAAUAAAUUUUGAAAGUGUUCGCUGAAACACCUUGUAUAUGUAAAUGCAGUAAACCUCCUUAAUUUGAAGUUGUAGGGGCCAUGGAAAAUCUCAGGAUUAAGCAAACAAUAAUACGAUCCAGACUAAGAUUUAAUUACAAUUUUUUGUUGCUACUUUUCUUUGCUACAAUGUGGUACUUUUAUUUGACGAAUUUUGGAUUACUGAAAGUAAUCAGUGAUGCUGGUUUGUAGCAUCCAGUAGUUCGUGGUUUUCAGGGUAAUGUUUGCCAGCAGGCCAACUACCGUAUUUACUUGCAUACUGACCGCAUCCCUGAACUCUGUGGCAUAAAAAUUUGUUUCCCCUCCUUCAUGCCCUGAUAACACCCCGUACGUACCGUCAUAGCAGGUAACAACGGCAUUAACGACACGUGUUCACUAUUUUUUAGGCACCUAUUGCGCACCGUGCUUUAACCCUUUUGUGGUCAAUCACGUGAAUAUAGGCUUCGCGAACAAAUCAGAAAUGGUCUAUGCGCCAUAUAUUUACGGCGCUGGCUGCAUCUCAAGAAUUAAGUGCUCUAAUUUUCUAACUUACCCAGCAUGUGCUGGCACUCUAUGGGAAUAAGGGAAUCUUUUUGUUGCGCCAAUGGCUUUUGUAUUCCGUUUCUUUUUUUCCUUACUCCGACGCGUGUAUACUACCGCUUGCACAUCCAGGCGUGCAAACACUUUCUGCUCAUUUAAUGCUCACAGGGGCGCGAUUACAUCCGUUCACAGGCAGGCACUGGUACACACAAAUGAUGCCGCCGUGCCAGUGUUUACUCUUUUUAUUUUUGAGGCUCGCGCAAGCUCAUUGCAUCUCGUUGGCAAUAAGAUGAAGGAUUAGCAGAGGUUUCUCACUCUUUGUUUUCUGAUGGACGCAUAUCCAUAGAGCUUUCCUGAAUGCGCUCGCCUAUGCAGUUUGAUUACGUUAUGGUCAGAUUAUGGUAUACCAAGGCAAAAGAUAAUUUUUUCUCACUUUAGUUUCGCUGAACAAAUUACGGUAAUAAUAUUUUGAAAUAAGUCUCUGAAUAAUUUAUAAACGUGCAGUAAAAAAAGCUACCCGUGGGGGUCGCAUUUGGCAAAAAAAAUCCACCUUCAGAGGGUUUUGCCCUGGAUCAGUAUGUGCAAGUUGCACUCAAUAUAAAAGCUUUGGAGUGUGCACUUGAGCACAGCAACCAUGCUUCCGGCAUGCAAGCACGAACAGAACACUGUCCCGCAUUAUUUUUCUUAAUGGUGACAUUAGAUGCACCGUAUCAUUAAACAGCUAGGCAUAGACAACAAGAACCCAUGGCCACAGCAGAAGGUUCAUAUUAUCGAGGUUUAACUGCAUGUAGUUGUGUAAAUAAAGUGUAUACUGGUGUGGUAGGAGGACGGCAAUUUAAUGUUUGUGCUCGGUGUGCGGGGCCGAGAGGUGAAAUGCGCGGGCUUUUCAGUGCUUGUGUUCGGUGUGCGGGGCCGAAAAGUGCGGGGUGCGCGUGGCUGGUGCGCGUGGCUGGUGCGCGUGGCCGGUGCGCGUGGCCGGUGCGCGUGGUCGGUGCGCGUGGUCGGUGCGCGUUCCACGACAGAGCAGCUAGAGCGACGGAGCCAACAAGCUCAGCGGAACGGGCCAGCUCGGUGGGCUCUCGCCAGGCUCUGCUGAUCGAACGGCGGGCCACGUCUCGACGUCAACGAUCCCGAACCUGUUAAACCGGGCUUCGCCACGGUUCGCUGUCCCUGGAGGCCGAGCUACCGGACGGAUCCUGCGAUGGUCGGGCUUCGCCCCGGCUCCCUGACGUUCCGAUACGGGCUGUGCUGCGGCGUCCAGCGCCGUUGCGGCGUCCAGCGUACGUGCCGCCUCCUUGCAUCAAGGAAGACGACGAUCGCCGGGGGGCGCUGUGCGUGUUCAGCCAUCUUGGCCAUCUCAGCCAACAGUCCCUGUUGAUAAAUCUUGUCCCGCUUCUACCUGUUUGACACCCCGUCACACAUUGGUGGAGGUGCUGAGUAUUCUCGCCAGACGACGGAGCUGCGGUGCGACCACCAUGGCACACCCAACCAGAAUCUGCUUCUGCGCCGCGGACACCGAUUGUAGAAGUCCAACCCCGAGACCCUGGAGCGUUCAACGGGACCGAUGGUAUCAACGUUGAGGAAUGGUUUACGCUAUACGAACGGGUGAGCGAUUCCAACCACAGGGACCUGACAGUCAUGCUGGCCAAUGUGGUGUUUUAUCUUAGUGGAACGGCGAAGUUGUGGUAUGACAAUCACGAGGCCAACUUUGGGAGCUGGGAUACAUUCAAACAAAAGCUCCGUGACCUGUUCGGUAAGGCCUCCAGUCGAAAAAUCGCUGCGAAGCAACACCUAGCUGUCAACCCGCGCCCAGGCGUCCACGGAA